CGACCCCCAGGUGACGACAUCGUUGUCAUACUCGUGAUUUCAUAACACGCCAUUUUCUUUGUGUAAAGUAAAGUGUGCUGGAGCGUUUGUUCACGUCGAUAUUUUCUACCGAGUUCCAGCAGAAUGGCAUCCCGCAAGAAAGUGUUGCUGAAAGUAAUUAUUCUUGGAGAUUCAGGAGUUGGAAAAACUUCUUUGAUGAAUCAAUAUGUUAACAAAAAGUUUAGUAAUCAAUAUAAAGCAACAAUAGGAGCAGAUUUUUUGACUAAAGAAGUAAUGGUGGAGGAUAGAAUAGUCACUAUGCAGAUCUGGGAUACCGCAGGACAAGAAAGAUUUCAAUCAUUAGGAGUGGCUUUCUACAGAGGCGCUGAUUGUUGUGUACUUGUCUUUGAUGUAUCUGCUCCAACUAGCUUCAAAUCUCUAGAUUCAUGGAGGGAUGAGUUUUUAAUUCAAGCUUCUCCUCGGGAUCCAGACAAUUUUCCGUUUGUCGUGCUCGGAAAUAAAGUAGAUCUAGAAUCAAGGGCAGUAUCGAGCAAGAGAGCACAACAGUGGUGUCAAUCAAAGAAUAAUAUUCCAUACUUUGAAACUAGUGCAAAAGAGGCUAUUAAUGUCGAGCAGGCUUUCCAAACAAUAGCUAAAAAUGCUUUAGCUCAAGAAAGUGAAGUUGAACUGUACAAUGAAUUUCCGGAUCAAAUCAAAUUGAGCAAUGACCAAAGAAGCAAUGGCAGAGGUGAUUCGUGUGCUUGCUAGGUCUUGGCAUGACAGUAAUAUCUCUUGGAUGACUAAUAAGGAUGCACAGGGAUAUUUCUAUAUCGGCCAUUCCGAUUUAGAAAGAAAGAGAAGAAAAUUCGUUGCAAACGUGACUUAGAAAAAUUUCUCAUCGUUGGAUAUGUUGUCUGUAAUAGUUUUUGCAAAAGGUAUUUUUCAAAUUUUUAAGCAUUUUGCCGUAAAAUUCCAGAUUCAUCUUCUGAAUGCGAGAUUCCUCUUCUUGUACCGCGAUGCAUAUCGGUUUUUAAGAUUUUUUACUGUAUGCGAAAUAAUGAGAUCCUAGUGCGCGGUGAAUUAAUCGUCAAUUGUAUGGUCUAUAGAGCAACAAUUCUACGCAGAUUAUAUUUUGUAAAUAAGACAACAUAUAAUCCAUUUAGGACAAUUUAUCGUUAUAAAUAUUAAUCUUUAUAUCCUGAUAGCCAUAUCAUUAAUAUGCGCUCUUGUAAUAUUUUAAUUCUAUCCCUUUAUAGUUCUUAUUACUAGAACAAUAAUUAUAGUCUUAAUGGCGUGUGAUAUUUAUUUUCAUGAAAGAAGCGAGCUUUUAUAGUUCAUACAAGCGAGAAGAAAUAUCUAAAUAAUGCUGUAUCUUAGAUUUUUGUAGUAAAAAUAAUUGUGCGCCCAUUAAGAUGUGUUAAAUGUUUUAAAAUUCAAUUUCUUAGAAAGAGAGACAAAGAGAAAUAGAGCAAGGUAAGCAUAUACUUUUCAUAGUAUAGCAAUUAUAGCACGAUAGUAUUAUAUGCAUCGCGGUACCAGUAAUCGCCAUCCAAGUCGCAAUUAUAAUCUUUACAUAAUUUGUAUCUCUGGAUUAUAAUCAGGAAGCUACAAAAUUUUCAUUUUGCAGAUUAUACAUUAAUAUACAUUAAUAUUUUCCCAUUCCAAGUUAUGUUUAAUUAAUAAUCAUGUAGCCAUCGAUGGGCAGACUGAUUCUAACUUGAUAACGAUGUUUCAAAUUAUUUAUUUAUCGCGUGAAUGUUUCCGGCAAAAUCUAACUUUACACAUCUAAACCCAUAAAUCAGUUUAAGCUGAGCUUUUUUCACUAACAAUAAGAAAUAAUAAAACUCAGUUACUAAUAAUACUCCGCUAUUUCUGAGCCACCCUGUGUACAUAUAAUAUUCUUAUGAAAUGAAAAAAAAUAUAUAUGCAUAUGCAGGGUGUCUCAUAAAUCGUGCAUAUUUUCUAAAUUAUAGAUACAUUGGAUAACUGUAAGCAAGGAAGUAUGAUAAUAUAGCUCAAUCAGCUAUCAAAAUAACUUUUUAUUGGUCAAAAGAUUAAUGUUUAAAGGAAUUAAAAAUUUUUUAGAAAUGUGAAAAUAACACCUAAUAAUCUUAAUUUUUUUAAGGCACAAUUAUUAUGAUGUUUGAUAUGGAAAUAUAAUACAGAUGUAAUACAAAGUUCAAUCAAAAUUUCAUUUAAAAAAACUACAUUUGAGAAAUAUUAUGAUCCGAGAGAAAAAGCGCAACUUUUGAGAUAUUCUGUAUAUAUGUAUAUGUAUAUAUACAUAUUACAUAUAUAUAUAUAUAUAUAUAUAUAUAUUAUUAACGAUGAAACAUCCGCACUAUCGAGUGUGUUUUUAUGGGUCUACGCAUAUAUAUACGUAUGCACAUGUAUAUAAGUAAAGAUAAUCAUGACCAUGGCGAUUAUAAUUAAUGAUAUGUAUAAUUCUAUCGAAGUAUGUUAAUGAUAAAUAUAAUUAUAAAUAA